GAUCCUUUUGCUGAAAGUGGUGAAAAUGAGGUUGGUAGUAAUAAAGUUCAAGAAGGAUUAAUCCAUAUUCGAAUUCAACAGAGAAACGGCAGAAAAACUUUAACAACCGUCCAAGGAAUUCACCCAAAAUACGACCUUAAAAAGAUUGUUAAAGCUUGUAAAAAGCAAUAUGCGUGUAAUGGUACUGUAAGUAUUAACCCAGAGUACGGAGAGUGUAUUCAACUUCAGGGAGAUCAGAGAGAAAAAAUAAAAGAAUUCAUGAUGCAAGUAGGUCUAGCUAGACCAGAACAAAUUAAGGUUGGUUUAAAUACUAUUAUAUACUGGCAUAGAUCUUUGAUAAAUUUUUAA